ACAAACCUCCCAGCUUGGGCCGCCUCCCCCUCUGCCUCUGCUUGUCCCCGGGAGCGGGGCACAGGUGUUCACUUCGCCACCGCGCUGCUGCAGCUGCUCCCGGCAAAGCCUCGGACCUGCGAGCCGCUGGCACCAAAGAUCCUGCCAAAAUGCUGUGGAAAGCCCAUCAGCUGUUGAGGAAAUUCUCCACCACGGCCACAGCUUAUCAACGUAAGCUAAAGCUAGCUCUGAUAGGUCAGAGUAUUUUUGGUCAAGAAGUGUAUAGACACCUGCAGAAAGAGGGACAUAGAGUCGUGGGAGUGUUCACCAUUCCAGACGUGAAUGGGAAAGCUGACCCUUUGGCACUGGCAGCAGAGAAAGAUGGCACCCCUGUUUUUAAGUUCCCCAGAUGGAGAGUUAAGGGCAAGCCUAUCCGGGAAGUAGUUGAAGCCUACAAAUCAGUUGGAGCAGAUCUAAAUGUACUUCCAUUCUGUACGCAGUUCAUCCCCAUGGAUGUUAUUGACAGUCCUAAGCAUGGAUCAAUUAUCUACCAUCCAUCCAUCCUUCCCCGCCACAGAGGAGCUUCAGCUAUCAAUUGGACUUUAAUUCAAGGAGAUAAAAAAGCAGGGUUUACUAUUUUCUGGGCUGAUGAUGGUCUGGACACUGGACCAAUUCUUCUGCAGCGGGAAUGUGAUGUAGGACGGAACAAUACCGUGGAUGACUUAUAUAAUCAUUUUCUUUUCCCAGAAGGCAUAAAAGCAAUGGUAGAAGCUGUCCAGCUAAUUGCUGAUGGUAAAGCUCCUCGGAUACCUCAGCCUGAAGAAGGGGCAACAUAUGAAGGGAUCCAGAAGAAAGAAAAUGCAGAGAUUUCUUGGGACAAGCCUGCAGAAGCUUUGCAUAACUGGAUCCGAGGGCAUGAUAAAGUACCUGGAGCCUGGACAGUGAUUGAUGGCCAGAUGGUUACUUUCUAUGGGUCAUCAUUACUUGAUGGGCCAGUGCCUCCUGGACAACCGUUGGCAAUAAAAAGCACCACAAAACCUGGGCUUAUAACCAAAAAUGGCCUAGUUCUUUUUGGUAAUGAUGGAAAGAUGUUGUUGGUGAGAAAUCUACAAUUUGAGGAUGGAAAAAUGAUCCCUGCAUCUAAAUACUUUUCAUCUGAUGAGAUGUCUGUCAUAGAACUUACAGAAGAGGAGAAAAAGAUGGCGGAAGAUAUCAAGUCCAUUUGGAAGGGAAUUUUGAGCAAUGUUGCUGUAAUUGAGGAUUCUACAGACUUCUUCAAAUCUGGAGCAUCCUCGAUGCAUGUUGUCAGAAUGAUUGAAGAGAUCAAACAAAAAUAUGGUGGACUUCAGCUGCAGAAUGAAGAUGUGUAUAUGGCCACUAAGUUUGCAGACUUUAUUCAGAUGGCUGUGAGGAAACUUAGGGGAAAGGACGAAGAAGAAGAAUUAGUCAUAGAUUAUGUUUCAAAAAAUGUUAACAAUAUGACUGUGAAGAUGCCUUACCAGUGUUUUAUAAAUGGACAGUUUAUGGAUGCUGAAGAGGGAAAAACAUACGACACUAUAAACCCAACAGAUGGAUCAAUAAUAGCAAAGGUGUCUUAUGCUUCAGUGGCUGAUGUUGACAAGGCAGUAGCAGCAGCAAAAGAUGCAUUUGAAAAUGGUGAAUGGGCAAGAAUGAAUGCAAGGGAAAGAGGGAGAUUAAUGUACAGACUUGCUGACCUGAUGGAAGAACACCAAGAGGAAUUAGCAACAAUUGAGGCCAUUGACUCAGGAGCUGUCUACACUUUAGCUUUGAAGACCCAUGUAGGAAUGUCUGUGCAAACAUUCAGAUACUUUGCUGGAUGGUGUGACAAAAUUCAGGGUUCUACAAUCCCAAUUAGCCAGGCCCGCCCAAACCAUAACCUAACAUUCACCAAGAAGGAACCCAUAGGAGUCUGUGCGAUUGUUAUCCCCUGGAAUUACCCACUGAUGAUGCUUGCAUGGAAGAGUGCAGCAUGCUUGGCUGCAGGCAACACGUUAGUUCUCAAACCAGCCCAGGUCACUCCUUUGACUGCCUUAAAGUUUGCAGAGCUCUCAGCUAAAGCAGGAUUUCCCAAAGGCGUUAUAAAUAUUCUACCUGGUUCAGGUGGUUUAGUGGGACAGCACAUGUCUGAACACCCAGAUAUCCGCAAACUUGGAUUUACUGGUUCAACUCUUAUUGGUAAACAGAUCAUGAAGAGCUGUGCAGUCAGUAAUCUGAAGAAAGUCUCCCUUGAACUUGGUGGUAAAUCCCCACUGAUCAUUUUUGAGGACUGUGAACUUGACAAAGCUGUAAGAAUGGGCAUGGGAGCAGUAUACUUCAACAAGGGAGAAAACUGCAUUGCAGCUGGAAGACUGUUUGUGGAAGAAUCAAUUCAUGAUGAAUUUGUUAGGAGAGUGGUGGAAGAAAUCAAAAAGAUGAAAAUUGGUGACCCGCUCGAUAGAGCCACAGAUCAUGGUCCACAGAAUCAUAAGGCUCACCUGGAAAAGCUGCUGGAAUAUUGUGAAAUUGGAGUAAAAGAAGGAGCAACAUUAGUGUACGGAGGAAGACAAGUAUGUAGACCAGGUUUCUUCAUGGAACCCACUGUAUUUACAGAUGUUGAAGACCAUAUGUACCUUGCCAAGGAAGAAUCCUUUGGUCCUGUUAUGGUAAUUUCAAAGUUUAAGAAUGGGGAUGUCGAUGGAGUGUUAAAACGUGCAAACAACACAGAAUAUGGCUUAGCUUCAGGGGUUUUCACAAGAGACCUAAGCAAAGCUCUGUAUGUUAGUGAAAAUCUAGAAGCAGGAACAGUUUUCAUUAACACAUAUAACAAAACUGAUGUGGCAGCACCAUUUGGUGGAUUCAAACAAUCUGGCUUCGGAAAAGAUUUAGGUGAAGAAGCUCUUCAUGAGUACCUCAGAACUAAAGCUGUAACUGUGGAGUAUUAAAGGAACAGCUCAGCCUGACUGCCAAAGCAACCCCCUUGCUGACAGCAUCAAUUUUAAGUACUCUGUUAAGCACUUAAUACAAUGCCCAGGAUAUACUUUCUGAAGUAGUACCACUAACAAAAAGCAAAUAGUAUUUAUCCAUGGAAAAUUGUAAGGACCAAAUUCUAGCCCCAUUAAAGUCACAAGGAAUUUGGCAACUUACUUUAGUGGAACUAGAAUUUGGUCUUUACUUAUCUAAAUGUCCACAUACCUAAACCUUCCGAGUUGUUCUUAACUCAGGCAAUGGGAAAUUGCUUAUGUAAGACUCAAGGAUUGGGCCCAUGAUGUGCCUAAUUUUUUUAUUAAUAUGAGAUGUAUUUUACAUGAUCAUUUUAAACCUUUUUACAUUUAGUCAUUAAAAUUCUCUUAAAACUGUACUUUAAAAUGCACAUUAUACAGUUUUGUUAUAAAACAGUUCAAGUUUUUCAACAAAAGUAUACAGCUCUGACUUUUCAGCAGUAUAGGAAACCUUAGUGCCAUAAAAUGUAAAUAAAUGCAAGAAAGUGCACUUAUUAUGAUCUUUGUUAAACUAUGAAUAUUAAGCUGAAGUUAUUGAAAAUAUUUUCUAUCUUCUUGCGAAUGUGGAAUGUGCAAUUUGUAUGGGAUUGUGAAUGGUGGUUACAUUAAUAGAUUUAAACCAGCUGUGUCUGUGUAUAUGUCUGCUAUCACUAUUGUAUGUGGCAUAAUUAUUUCACAUUACAUGCACUCGCUUUACCUCAAGGAGAAUUUAUCGCAAGAUUAUGGCAUUAGGCAGUUACUAUGCUAUAAAGUCAGAUAUUAACCGUAUUUUUUACUUGUCAAGUACUAAAAAGAAAGGAUAUCUGAUAUAAUGACCAAGUGUUUUUUCACGAUAAUGAACAUAACUUUGCACAUUCCGUACUUCAAGAAACAUUUUAAGAGAAACUACUGUACCACAAAGCUACAGCAUGCUACAGCCAAUAUUUUAAUUAGUUUGUGAGAUCAGCUGAACAGUGUUCCAAAUGUAUGCACCUUCUGAAAACAGGUAUUACAGCCCAGUGAAGUUUUUUCAGUGAACAGUAAGUUUCCUGAAAACUACAGUUUUGGUGAGACCAAAGCCAUGUGUAAAUUUAGCAAAUAGUUGUUGCUGGGUUUGGGUUUUUUCCCUUUUUUUCUUCUAAAGGAAAAUAUUUAAAGUCUAAACAAACUGUUUCAAAGUGUCAGAAUUGACUCAAACAACAUUUUUUUGUUUUGGCAAGAAAAAAACAAAUUGUCAGUUUGAAAUGAACCAAUUUUGUUUUUUUCUCCAGUUCAGCUACCAAACGAAAAAAACAAUUAUUUUUUUUGCUCAUCUCUAGCUGGUAUCACAGGAACAAAAUUAUCUGUUUAUGUUAGCUCUAUGUAAUAAUUUUCCUACUUAAAUAGCCCAAUGUUAGACACAAGUUAAUGUGGAAUAUGUUUUUGUAGUAAAAGUGGUCUAGCUACAAGACAAUUUUUUACCUUCAAUUUACCAGGCCCAUCAACAUGGUCCACAAAGUUAAAUAUUCAGUUCUGGACACAGUUUACACAGCCAUUAAGCAAGGUUUAUGAAGUGUGACAUUAUAAACAAGCUGUAUCCACAUUGUGCAAUGUACCAUUAAAUCACCGCAUAAUUCCUUCACUUUGCAUGUUGACAAAGUGUAUUUGAAAUGCAAUUGAGUAAAAUUAGUCUAUACUGCAAACCUUAGUAUAAAAACAGUAUCCAGGCUAUCCAAAUAAAGGUACCUUAAAGUGUUUAAUUUACCAUAGAAACAGUACCUUCAACAGACAACCAUACUAGUUCCCCAACUGCUUUGGAUUUUGUCAGUUGACAGAUAUUUAGGAAAUUCUUUGAUACAACAGCCAGAGACACAAGGAAUAAUGUGUAUAGAUAUGGGUCAUUAAAUAGUUGUGCUGAGUAAAACUGGCAUGUCUAAAUCUCCUUCCAGUGGGAAGCAAUGUUAAAGUGAUGUGUGAGACUAGCAGUCCAGUGUUGCAUCUUAGGCCAGUUUCCCUCCAGAUUUAAAACUGUUUGAACAGUUUAAUUCUAAUGUACCAUAAUUAAUAAGUGGAAACUAACCACCUCAGUACUGUGUCUUAUACAGCCCAUAUCCCAAGUGCUGCUGCUUUUCA